UCAAAAAAUUGCAAGUUUGAAGUUGCGAGUGCGUACACAACACAAAAUUUAUAAUUACUUUUUUGUUUUGUUAGUGAUUUAGUGGUAAUUUAGAAAGUUUACAGUUAUUGUUCAGCGAGUGCACUACUUUAUAAACUUUCUAUAGCACGAAAUUGUAAUGUGAAGUGUCCUACAAAUCGGUAAAUGCAAAAAAUCCUUUCACACGGGUAGACCAGCACUACAAGUUUUCAUGUUUCACAAUUAGGUUUCAGAUUUUAAAAAAGAAUCAUGGAGGCAGAUACAGCGUCCCUCCGUAAGGCAGCUCCAAACUGGAACUUAGCUGGAGACAAGCAGUUGCUGGAAAUGCUACAGAAAAUACAUCUGAAAAUAAUGACAAAAUGUGAAGAGGCUAAUGUGAAAUUGGAUGCUAUGGUAGAUGCACUUGAUAAUGCAAGUAUAGAUCUGCAAAAUGUAAAUAAUAAAUUCAUGGCUUUGAGUAACAGUCAAUUUGUGGAAAGCAGAGUUUAUGAUGACGAUGUUGAUGUGUCAACUGCAGAAAACAUUGCAAAGGUUGAAACUCUUAAAGUGGAUGCAGAGAGUGAAAUAACAAAAUUAAAGAGCAGUUUACAGAGAUUAGAGCAAAUGCAUGAACCUGUUCACAUAUUGGACAGUGACAGUUCUGACGAAGAAGAUGAUGGAAGAAUAAUAUUGAAACCAAAAGAGAUUUAUUCACAUCGUCCACUGCCUUACAUCAUUGGCUCGCAAGCUUGGAAGAACAAGUGGCAUGCAGGGCUAAUACAAGAGGAGAGCGACAGUGACAGCUCAGUAUCUAAACAAGACAAUAUUGGGAUAUAUAAUGAUGAAUAUUCAGAAUCUGAGCCAGAAACUGCACCGACAGAUAAACUGGCACACAGAACUAUAUCAUCUUCAUCAAUGGAAUCGGAGUUGACGUCACAACCACAAGCCACCAGUGAGGUUACCAGGCAACCAGCGAAACCUGCUGAUAUUGCCGCGGAAUUGGCGAGGCGACUGGGUGGGCAACCUGUACAGUUGCCUGCAAGUGAACCUGUGCCUAUACAGACUCCUCCAGAGCCAACAACCACAAAGGUUUAUAGAGUGGAGAAACCUGCACCAACUACAAUUUUCUCCGACGAACCGCCACCUCUAGAUGACUAUCAAUCCUACAAAUCCGACUACACGGAUGACGACGAUAUAUUCGCGGAGUUGCACAAGAAACCUAAUCCUAAUACAAAUAGAAGUCAAAAUCGCGUGACCAAGGAUUUGUUUGGUGGUCUCAAUGAUAAUAUUGUCGAUGAUCUGUUUGGUGAAGUGGAAACCCGUGACAAUGAUAUAGGAAACGUUGACUAUCAGGAUGAUAAAUCAAGUGCACGUGGCAGGGAAAAAACACCUCUAUUUGAUGAGAGACAGAAAUCAAAUUUGGUCACUGAAAAACCUCUGCCUAAACAGAAACCAAUAGAAACUAAAGCUGAGACUGAAGGUGCUGUUAAAAAGCCAGUUGGUGGUAUAUCUCUAUUUGGAAGUAACAAAGGUGCCGAAAGCAUUGGUGCAGCCAUUUUGAAGAGAAAUCAAAGAAAAUCUUCUACAUCUGAUGAAGACACAAGUAAUACGGAAAAUAAAGGAAAAGCACCAAGCAUUGAAAAAACAAAUGAAGAACCAGUGAACAAAAUAAUCAAAGACUUAUUUAGUAAACCGACAAAGAAGGUGAUUAAGAAAGAAGAAACCAAAAGGAAAGAAGAGGUUGAAAAAGUUAAACCUGCGAAAGAUAAAAUAGAUCUAUUUAGUGAUAACCUUUUCGACGAUAUUGAUGAUAUUUUUACUACAAAUAUUGUUACAAAACCGAAAGACCAUAAAUCUCAAAAAUCUAUAUUUGAUGAUGACGAUCUGUUUGCCGAUAUAGCUAUAAAGAAAUCCGAGGAACGUAGUGAUAAAAGUGAUACAAAAAAUGUGUUUGAUAGCAAUGAUGAUUUGUUUAGCGAAAAUGAAAACACACUAAACACUGAAGUUAAAAUUCGUAAUAAUCCUACAAAUGUUGACAAAAAUGCUAUGAUUGCCAAAGAAACUGUUAAUGAUAAACUAAAAAGCGAUAACAAAUCAAAACAAACUGCGAGCAAAAGUUUAUUUGAUGAUGACAGUGAAGAUGAUCUAUUUUCAGAUGCCAAAACAGUCGGUAAUGUUAGCAAGUCUCAAAAUCCUAUCAUUGAAAAUGUUAAAGAAGCGGAAGAUAUUACAUUAGAAAGUAACCAUAAAUCUCUGAGUACAAAAACUGUAAUAAACGAUGUAAAUAACUUAUUGAAUAAGUUAGAAAGCAAAAGUCUAUCACAAUCGAUUAAUUCAAAAUCUCAACUAGAAAGUCCUUCUCUUUUUGAUGACGAUGAAUUCGAUGACAUAUUUACUGCCCCAACAAAAUCAAGUACUGAACAAAAUAAGUUAAACAAUCCAGAAGACACUAAACAUAUUAUCAUUGAAGAUACGAAAAACACAGGAACAAUUGAAUCAAAUAAAACCGGGUGCAAAGAAGAAAUAUCACGAAUAAACGAUAAUAUUGCUGAAAUAAGACAAACUGCACAUAUCGAAAAUAAAAUUUCAGAAACGCGUGAUAUUGCAAAAACUAAUAUAAUGGUAGGUGAAACAAAAAAUAGUUAUAUUUCAGAUGAUAAAGCUAAAUCUAAGUUAUCACAACCUGAAGAAAUUUUUGCUGAUGUAAAUGAAAUAGUAGACCAAAAACAAGAUACUAGAAGUUCAUACUUUGCAGAUGUAGAUGAUGAUUUAAAAAAACCAGAGCAUUUCAAACAUUCUGAAACUUCAAAUGAAGAUGCUAAAAAUAUUCUACCCCCAGAUUUAAUACCAGAAUGCUCAAAAUUGGAGCCUACCGAACCAAGUGUAUUAAGUGAUAUAUUUACUGAUUUGCCCCCUGAGUUUGAAAAACCUUUAGAACCAAAGAAAAGUAAAAAUGUAAACGCUUUGUUUGAUGAUGAUUCUGACGAUGAAGCGUUGUUUUUUAAAAAGAAUGAACCUAUAAGCGAUGAAAAACCAGAACUGAAUUUCGAUAGUGACAGAUUUAGAAUAUUUCAUGAUGAACCGCCUGAAAUUGAUGUAGAUUUUUCUCAGAAACCUUUGAAAAAUACCCCCAACACUUUCGAUGAAUUGACUGAUGAUGAAUCGUUUGGAGAUUCGCCUACAUCACAAGCACAACAGCCAGUCAAAAAUGUUGAAAUAGAAAGUGUAAAAGAAGUAAAUGAACCACAUAAAAACGUCUUUCUAAGCAGUGAAGAUAAAAUAACGAAUGCAGUUGAUAUCACAAAACUAAUUGAAGAUUCUAAAGAAAGUGAAAAAAAUCAAGAAACAAAUGUUUCCGAUCUUCUAGUAAGUUUUGAAGAAAAUACUAAAAUGAAUUUGUCAGAAGACAUAAGUGACAAACCAGAAGUCAGCGAAUCGGAAACUCUUGCAAAUAAAGAUCUAAUAGAAGAAACUGAGCAAGUGAAAUUAAUAGGAAAAUUAAAGCCCAUGAAUUUCAAUAUAAACGUGAACAGUUUACUUCCUGGAGCUUCUUUAAAGAAGUCAAAAACAAGCGAAGAAACAGACGGUCAGGCUAUAUCAACAAAAAGUAAUGAAGAAUUAAAUAUACAUAGUUCUGAAAAGACUGAAUCGAAAAUGGUGAAAUCCGUUAGUUUCGACGGAGAUCCAGACUCAGAAAUUUUAGAUAAUAAAUUGUCCAAACAUAGAGCGAAAAUUCAAGUCAAACGACGACCAUCUUCUAGGAGAGCUCGAUUAGAAGCAGUUAGAAAAUCACGAAUCGAACUUGCAUCAGAUUCCACUGAUAAUUCUAGUUCUUUUGAUGAACCUCCUUAUAAAGAAAUAGUUAAUAGAGAAAGGCUAGAUGGCACAGUUGAUUCAACUAUAACACAAACAAAAUCUUCUAGUGGUGAUACUUUUAAAGAAAAUGCAAGUACAUUAGAUAUGCCAGAUACUACUGAUGUAAUUAAUCCUUCUUUACCAGAAACGUUACUUAAAGAAAGAGACAAUUUUAUUGGUACAAAAAUCACUCAACCAGACGUUAAGUCAAAAGUAGUUUAUAUUUUAAACGACGAAGACAUAUUCAAUGAUAUCGAUCCAAAAAAAGAAGAUAAUAAUGGAAGUAAAAAGGUGCAUAACAAAAAUGUUCUCAACGUCAUCGACGACGAUGAUGAAUCUUUAUUUAAAACACCCAAUAUAUCGACUUUAGGUAAAACUUAUGAAAAUAAAACUGUAUCCAGCUCAGAUGAUCUGAAACCAGAGCCCAAAACCACUGUAUCAAAAGAAAGUUUACAAAAGGCUUCUGAAAAUGUAAAAGAUAAUAAUUUACCUAAAACUAAAAAGUUGCUUUUUGAUGAUCUAAGUGAUGAUGAAAAUGAAUUAUUCGGUGGUAACAAAAAGCCUGCAAUACAAAAAGCUAACAUAUUUGAUUCUGAUAGCGAGGGUGAAUUAUUCAUCAAGAGUAAAAGAGAAAGUGCAACUGUUGAACUUAAAAAAGAGGCAGUUAAAGGCUCCCUGUUUGGCGAUGAGAGUGAUGAUGACAGUGAUUUGUUCAGUGUUAAAGCAAAAAAAACAUCAGGAAAUGUAAGACAACAUGAUAUACAAAAACCAAAAGAAGUGGCAGCUAAAACAUCAGAGCCAGUUUUUGAAGACCCCUUGUCUAUGUUCGGUGAUGUCAGCUGAAAAUUGUAUGCAGUUGUUAUGAAAUUAUUAUACAAAUAUUUAUUACUUUUAUAGAGAUUAUUUUUAACUACAUGCUGACCAAGUGAAGUAGAGUUAAGUAGACGAAUAGCAAACGUGACCUCAGUCUCUCAUUUUAUACGGACGAGAAGACCGCAUCCUACAUUUCUAUUUUCAACCCAUUCGUCUAGUUGGCUUGGUCGGCUACUACUUUUUUUAAAUGUAUUACUGGUUAUUUUAACUUUUAGAACUUUACAAAAGUUUAUGAGAUUUUCUAUUAUAAUGUUAUGACAAUUUUGUACGUAAAAUUGCCACACUUACCUACUUUUUAUUUAUGUGUUCAAAAAUAAGCAUUAUAUUAUUAAUAUUUAAUGAUUUUUAAAUAUUCAGUUCGUACUUGAAAUGGAUUAUUAUUUAAUAUAAAAAGAAAUAUUUUAUGUGAAACAGUGUAUUAAGAUUAAUUGCCUAUGAAAAUGUAGAAAAUUAACUUAUUAUUAUUAUUAUUAUUAUAUAGUGCAACCAAACAUUCCGUAAAUGUAAAUUCAACUUAUGUUAUUGUAGUUAGGUAAAUCAUGUAAAUAAAUAAAUCGUUUUAAAUUGUGUUAUUGGAACGAAAUAAUAUAAGUAGACCAAGAUUUUGUAAAAUCACGCAUCGAUGUUAUAAAAGUAAAACUCGUGUAAAAAUCGACAGUAGGUACUUUAUUAUGAUACUAUUUUUAUUACGCCUUUUAUGUUGCGAUGCGCCAUGUUAUCGCGUUUUGCUAACACAAAUGUGUUAUUUUAACUGAGGUCAUGCUAUUUGGGGGGCGUGACCUAACUGUUUUGUUUGCAGAGUCAUUUUAUUAACGUGUUAGUAAAACAAUAUUUUCUUCGGGCCCGGCUUUAGACGCGCUAUUAACAUGAUGUUAAUUCAGAGUUUCACACAGAUGCAUACUUUGCAAUUAGCAAUGCAUGAUUUAUUUCUAGAUAGGUCGCACUACCUUAAAAAAAUGACAAAUUACCUACGUGAUUUUAUAUAAAACCAAUAAAAACUAAUUUGAACCUCUUUACAUAGAUACUCAUGCAUUUCUGAAUUGCAAAGUUGAUUGUAGAUAGCCAAUAGGUGCUUUUUAGAAAUAGUUAAAGCUGUAACUAAGUGCCUAUGUAAUAUUGUGUUAAGUUUGUAUGAAUUUAAUAUAUUAAUAAACUUAACUGUUUG